GUCCCAAGACAGAGCGGCGGCAAUCAUAGCUAGCAGUACAACAUUCUUCUUCUCUUUUCUGACAAAAGGCAAUAGAAGGGAAGACAAAAUUCUCUUUUCCUGAUUCUAAUACACACAGCUUCAUCUUCUUUCUCUUCCAGGAGGCUUCCUUCUUCUUCCUCCCCACGAUCAGUAACUCUACUUCCUCCUUGGUUCUCCUCAGCUGAAAAACAAACAGAUAGAACCAAAAACCAACAGAAAACCCAUACAGAGAACAAGAAGGGAGACAAAAAUUCCCUUAUACCUUCUUUAUUUGUUCUUUUUCACCACUUUUUCCUUGCAAAAAAACAUACAACAACGAUGCGAAAAAAGAAAAGCAGUAGGAGAAGAGGAGCAGAAAGACGAAAGCAGCUUCAGCCACUCCUCCAACCACGAUAAAAGGUCAAUAUCCAAAUCCCAACCAUUAUCAUACAUAAUCAAUCAUCUCAUCUUCCUACCAUGUGAAGCUUUUCUCAAAAAAUCAAUCUACUACCAAGCAAAUUACAAGUCGGCAAUUCACACUAUAAUAACAAAAGCAAUCAACAAAUCAGAUAUAUUGCUUUUCCUUAUGGGUUCAUUAUAUUUACUUCCCUAUUUAUCUCAGUACUUUGAUUUAAAUAUUUCAUGUUUAAGCCUACUACAAUACUAGACCUUUAAAUCUAUAUUUGUUCAUCAUUUACUAUUUCUUUUCGCGUUCUGCUUAUUUUUUGUAUGUUGGACUAUACACCUAACCAUCACUAGGCUAAAUUCCCCAGUUAAUCCAUCAUACAGAACACAUAAUUUCAAUCUCAAAACCCGGUUAUUCUCACACAAUCAAACCCACGCAAUUAGUAUCAAACUUCCAAUUUUGAAACCAAUACACCGAUUCUCAGAAUCAAACCCACCAUGAACAACAUAAACUUUCAAGACUCAAACCCACAUCAUAAAACCCACUUUUCCAGUUUCAAAAUCUUUCCAGAUUCACAAAAGCACUUCAACCGCAAUCACAAAUCAGUGAUCACACAAUAAACUACCAGCGAUUCAAACUACCACUACCACCACCAAAAUCCUCAGAAGCUAAACGAUGUUGGCAUUAAUCAUCUACUACCCUACCCAACACCAAUACAAAUCAAAAGAAUGCGAUUUUACCUAGAAAUUUCCCAGUUCAAAACCUGCAAAAAUAAGAAAGGAAAAAUCAGAACUAUAAAGUCAGGAUACGUAAAUCACAAAGGAAACAAAGGAAAGACUUCAAAUUCAAUUAUUACUAAAACAAAGUUCCUUUUUGUACCAUCGUCGACGCUGGCAAAGCUGGGACUGCCGGCGGCAGCUGUCCUCUUUUCUCCCUAAACCGAACCUUUAAACCCAUGAAUCAAAACAAAAACCCAAAUCAGAACUCUUAACAACUAAAAACCCCAAGAAAAAUCAUGCAUACCCUUACCUGUUAGAACCCACCUGCUCUUUCAGCCUCGUCGUCUCCACGGCCAAAAACGAUUUGCCUCCAUCGCCGGAGUUUUGAGACAUCCUUUCCCAUCACUCCUCCUUUCAUAUGCCUCAUACCCAGUAGAAAACAAACGCAAGACGAAUUCGAUUAGAACCCUAAACAACCAAAUCGAGCCCCAAAAAUGCGACAUGCAACCGAAAAUUAGACAUACCACUGACCUUCCUCGUCGCCGCGACAAUCGCCAGCGUCGACUGCUUCAGUCAUCGUCGCCGGUGUCCUUGUCCUCUUCUUUCAGUUCCUCUCAGAGAGGAGAAUACAGAUCGAGAACGGCGAGAGAGAGAGUGAGGGAAAAUGGAAGGGUUUGGUCCAUUUUUUUUUUUUACUUUGCUCAAUCGAGAGGAGAGCAGAAGGGAAGAGGGAUCGAAUUGAGGGGAGUGAGCAGAUUGGGUUUGGUUUUUUUUCUCUGGUUCGUUUUCGUGGAAGAGAGGACGAGAGAGAGAGAGAGAGACAAAGGGGAGAGCGGCGGCCGGUUUAGGUGAGUGAGUUUUAGGGUUUCGUUUUGAUCCCAGGAGAUGAACAUAUACCUAACUUACUAAAACAGCCCUAGGGUUUCCUGAGAUUUACGUGACUUGCCACCGCGUUUUGAAUCAUUUACUAAAAUACCCCCGCUUUGAUCUCUGCAAGAAAACAACAUCGCAAAAGAAACACCUCUAGCUCUACUCGAACACGAAACCUUAAGCUCAUAAGCAUAUAGUGAAGCGCCUAAACACCGAACUACGUGGACUUUGAUCCCGAUUAACUCGGGUACGUAGGCAACCAAUAGGUUCGAGUCCAACUAAUAAAAAAUAUUUUCUUUACUUUCUAGAUUUUGCGUCAAUAGACGGAUAAUCUAAUUGUAUACCAAUUUUAACUCUUUAGUCGAAUUGGACUCCAAAAUACGUAAUUAACAAAUUUUAAAUAAUAACUAUCUAAUUAAUCAAAUCAUAUAAUUAAAUACAUCAAGAAAGCCGCAAAUAACAAUACACCCAAUUCUUUAAAAAAAACUUAUCGAUUUAAGUAGUACCCAUUUGGGGCGUUGUGGGAUGUGAAUACACUUCCCCACACGUAACCGUACUCCCGAACCCAAAUCUCCAAUAUUCGCAGACCAGAUUUCUGGUUUUAACCUAAAUAACAAAACCGGAAAUGGGUGUUCGACCCACCCCAAGCUGCGGUCGAUGGCGACUCCGAGCAAUCGCGAGCGGUACCUCCGAUCUCGAAGGGCAGUUGCGACAGUGGCGUCUCCGCUGGGGACCAAUUUGAGAGUCGAGCUAUAUUAUUUAUAUCGAUAAGUUUUCUUACUAUCUUUGAUAUGUUGGGUGUUUACCUUCUCUAUUUGCACAUUUAAUUUAUAUCGCUUUUAAUUAUUUGCAUUCAUUCAUAAAAGCUCUAUACCCGAGCUGUCCUUAUAGAAAAGAGGAAGAAAGUACCGUGACUCAUACAAUAGUAGGGGAAAUGCGAAAACUUUCCAACCAGGUUGAACUCAAAUCCGAGGAUGAUUUGAGGUAUCAUGCUAAACUCGAAAGGGUUAAAGUGUGGUACAACUUGGGAGUCUGAUUCCUUAAGAUCCCUAUCCAGCAUAUAGUUUACCUAGAAAUUACCUAAACCGCAACUUAUCCUGAAACCUACAUUAAACCUUGUUGCUAAACCGCUUAAAAACCUAAGUUGUUUGAAUAUGAUGAUGUGUUUAUGAUUCAUGUUUGUUUAUGAUGUAACGAAUUAUGAUUCAUCGGUUAUACAUGAAUGUCGUGGUUAGAUGCUAUGCAAAGUUUAUCAAAAUCCGUGACACUAGCAUUCUUUCGUUAGUUCGUUGUUCACUCGUUUAAAACCAAUCAUGAUGGUAAAUGUUCAAACAUUCUUGCAUCCACAAAAAAAAUCAUCUUUCAUACGCACAAUCGUACCAUUUAACACGACUAUCUUACAUUCAUCUCAUUUAGCAUGACCAUCAUUCACUCAUCUCAGUUGGCAACAUGUCACAAUUUAACCAUGAUAUGUCAAGGAUUCUCUAAAGUUGCUCAUUCACAAGGAUAAAGUCAACCUUUGAGUACAAUUUCCAAGGUUGUGCUCGUUACGGAGUUCAUUCUAGAAGCAAUUUGAUGACACCAAAAGAAGGUCAACCAUAUAUGAAGAAAUGAAAUGACAAGUUGCCAUGUUCACGAGAAGUUUGUCAAAAAUUCAAAGAAGAAGCCAAUCGUCCAUACAUCGACAAUGACCCAUUUAUCACUCAUGGGGAUUAGUUGGCACGCUGCAAGACGAAGCUCUAUUCAAUAAUGAUGUCAAUCCUCAUGAGCAAAUGAGCAUGAAUGCGUAUUACCUUAUGUAUCAAACAAUCUCCUUCAUACUAAAGAAUAGAAUGUCAUUUGCAUUUCCACCGAUUUGGGACAUUGUGUGACUACUACCGAUUUUGAUUUAGAAGUUUGCAUCAAUGAUUCCUUCUCUUUACAAAGUGAUGGACAUCUUUCCAAAAAAACAAAACUUUAAGAUCAACUUGUUCUCAAUUUAAGCCAUGAGAUUUUCAUAUUAAGCCAAUACAAGCACCCCACUGGUGUCGAGUGAUUUAUAAAUACUUAGUCGAUAUCAAUAAUUUUUGCAGCAGAGUGUGCACACCCUACCGGUGUCGAGAGUUGAGCACCCACACUAAACUUGAGAGUAUAAACACCCCACUGGUGUCCAUAAGUAACAUAAGCCAAAUAGUCAAAGGGUUUAACGAGGAUACGACAUCAGGCUAUUUGUAGAGGCUUGUCAGUGCCAUUUCGAACAUCUCUAUCAAAUCAGGGCUUGACUAGAAAGGGGGUUGAGUUAGCCUAAUUACUAUAUCACAAUUCUCAAGUUUCUCACAGAAUCCUCAUGAUUAGAAGGUUGGGGAAGCUGAAUAAUCAUAUUUGAUGAACUCGUUGGUGCUCAAAAUCAAAAGCGUCAAAAUGACACCAUGUAGGGGAAAUUACAAAGUUAAGUAAGUCCCACACAAAAAAAGAGCAAAAGCAAAAGCAAAAAAUAAAAAAGCCAAAAAGGCAACGAAAAAUCAAAAUAAAAAAGAAAGACAGAAAAAGCUCGUGGGACUUACACGUUAGAUACCCCUGCACGAGCGCUUGAAGUCAUAAAACUAGUCGCGAGGGAAAGUUAUUGACUACCUUUUCUAAAAUGCCAAAAGGAUGAUUUCGAGACUACCGUCAACGUGGUCACAAAAGCGAUGUAGAUUCAUUCUCUCAGCCAACUUGUCUACACACUCCUGCGAGGGCUAGUCAUCAAAUUAAUCACCUAUCCAAAUGAAGAGUAUUCGUCUGCCAAACCUGAAGAAAUGACACAAGUACACUCGAAUAAGAUGGGGCACCCAAGAGAAGAAUGUCUGCCUGAUCUAAAAUCCACUCCAUGAUCAUCCUCAUUUUCCAUCACUUGAACUCUCCCUUUCAAGAUAAACAAAAACCACCAUUAUAAUAAUGCUUCAACAGCCAUGCCUGCACCACAAAAGGGUUUACCACAUUCAUUAUUUUGAUAACCAAUGAGAAGUCAAAGCUUGUAUCAUACAAGACCUUCAUCAUCCAUCCUUUCAAGGAAAAAAAAGGGGCACGACAAGUGACAAGAUUUCCAGGAUCAAAUUUCUACUCAAAUUACCUAGUCGAGCUUAUCCCUCAAAAUCAAAAUUGCAAGACAAGGGGGCAACCUAAGCCAAAAUAUACCCGCAAGGAUACCCAAGACGAGCCACCAUUCUCGGGAAAAAUGAGAGCUCCACAACAAAGAUUUCAUUUACCCAUCAAUCAAUCUCAUACUUUGGGGACAAGCCAAAAAUUCCUCAACAAUGGACUUUUCGCCAAGAAAUUAUCUCGCCUAUCCAUCAAUCAGUCUCAUACUUUGGGGAAAGCCAAACAUCCCUCCACAAGGAACUUCUCACGACAAGAAAAGACGAUCCCCAUUAUAUAUCAACUAGAUUCAUACCUUGGGGGCAAGCCAAAAAUCCUCAAAAUGGAGCUGCCUAUGACUAAGGCCAUAUCAUAGGAUCUUCCUUUACCAACCUCUCAUUUGCGACAAGCAUAAUUUUCAUACCAUGAGAACUCUUACAGUUGGAGUCAUACCAAACCAAGCUUUUUUCGGGAAAGUUCGAGAACUUUUACCACGAGAACAUACAAAGAUUGCUCGAACUCUACAUGAUCAACAAACCUAUACCUCGAGCACGCUUUUUCAUCAAUGUGGUGACUAGAAUCUUAAUAGUAGCCGAAGUAUCGUAAACUCGAAGCAUCCAUAGAAAUGAAUGAGAGUGAAUCUGAGCAUGAGAGUGAGAGUAAAAGUGAGGGCUUAAAGAUAUUCUCAUGGCUUGGCUUAUGGAAAAAAGUUUUUAAAUAAUGUGGCAAUAACCACACAAGAAAUCUUUUUCUCAUGUUGCACACACUUCCCUCAAGCGAGCCUUUGAUUUCUAAAAUCAGGUUCUCAUCAUACUUUCUCAAAUGAGAAUUUUCAAACUUUGUUGCAUUCAUCUUAAGUCAAGAUUGGUAAAAGUCACAUUUUGUUCCGAAAAGAGGAAAACAAGUAACAUAUCUACGGGGGCAAGGUGAGAAGACCCGGAGUAGAAGCAGUUCAAAUACCCAUGAAGUGAUUCUCCAAGUCCAUCAACUCAUGAUUAAAUGGGAAAUCUCAGAUAUUCUGAAUCAUUCCGUUCAAGCUACCCAACCUAUCAAUCAAACCAUCCUUCAACGAAAUAUUUUGUACAUCAUACCUCUCGGUGAAAUCAAUCAAGCAUGUCUAGAAAACCGACAUCAACAAGACAAUACCCCUAGAUAAAUAAAAUUCCUCUUAGCCAAGCACGACAUGCUCACAUGGCAAGAAGAUCAAUUAAACUAAAUGAGCACACUAUUGUGAUACCACCAUGCUACAUAAUCCUCCUACAUAAUCAAUCUACCAGGCACAUAUCAUGAAUAAGAAGGUCAUAUGGCUAACGUAUCAGCCACUCAAGCACCAGUGUCCAAGGUCGAGAAAACUGAGGACCAACCUUUCAUCAAAGUCCCCAGAAAUACAAUACCUUGGGCUCACUAAGCAAACAAAGAGGACAAACUAUAUGGCAAGCCCAAUACCUCGAGAUGAUGACUCACGCUCGAAGGAAGAAAGUACCUGCCGGAGACACCCAUGAUGCUCUAGCGCGAGCACAACUAAGGAGCAAGUUCACUAAAAGAAUGACGUAGUUCCUUGUGGAUGAUCGGUUUAAGAGAAUCCAUGAAAAAAUAUCGAAGCCAUUAUUAGGGGUCUUACUCUUCCCUUUGCAUACUUUUCAAGACAUCAUCAUAUAACUCCUCAUACAUGCAUACACAUCAAACAUAUCACAUGAAGUCAUUUAUUAGAUGACUAAUUACAAGAAAUUCAAAGACAAAUAUUAAUAUUCAUUAGUGGGCAUAGCUUUCCAUCAACAUAUCUCAUCGCGACAUUGCAUCACAUCAUAUCACAAAAUAUCUUGCAUUUGCACAUCAUAAUGAAGUCAAAUUCAAAUCUUUACCAAUAUCAAGUUUGACACAUACCUAAGAUCUACCUAAGACUCUACCAAUUGCUUGUUUCAACAACUCAUGUCAAACACAAAAAUCUAUACCACUCGUGAUUGAGUUAAACUUUCUCAUAUCCUCAUGAAUUUUACCACGAUGAUACACAUGAUCAAACUUGCUAUACUGCCACGAGGCAAAUCCAAACCAGGCUAUACUGCCACAAGAAAAAAACCAUGCCAUAGCGCUACCAUGAUCUAACCAACCCCAAAUCAGGCUAUACCGCCAUGGGAACAAGAUAGAACCAUAUCAUGCUAUACCGCCAUGGAUAAAACCCUAAACUAGGCUCUACCGCCACAGGACCACAAAACCCCAAACCAGGCUAUACCGCCAUACAGAACCGAAUGCAGGCUAUACCGCCACACAUAAACCAAUGUAGGCUAU